GUUUGGAAACAAAACAAGGCAAGACAAUCCAACGGCAGGGAAGAAGAACAAGAAUGGCUGAUGCUUCUCAGAACGAGCCAGUACGGGUGUCCAGGCCUACUGCAAAGGAGGUGACCACAAGAAAGGACUCCCUUGAAGUACUAAGAAAGAAGUUCCACCCCAAGGAAGAUGAGAACGCGUUGAAGAUUGACGCGCGCACCGUGGCCGCUAUCCUCGUGACGUGCUUGCUCCUCUUGCUGCUCGUCGGCUACGUUAUUGCGGGAGGCAAGCCGGUGGAGCGUACAAAAGAGGCUUGUCGACGCCACUUUCAGGGGGCGCGGCUACCGUGGCGGUUGCCGGACGAGCUGGAGAGGAAGAAAGCAGCAUGGACUACAGCCAGAUCCCCUUGACACGAGCGCCACAGUUCCCGCUAAUGAAGUAUAAGCCCCAUGCCAGCGAACUUGCGAGCGACAGCGAGAAGCGAAGCGACGGAGAUGGAUGUCGCGUUCGCUCGUCGCCUUCAAGUCGCACCGCAAGCGAGCGACGACUUCAAGCGACGUCUCCCCGGCGUUGCUGGAUUUUACCGCUGUUGUCGACGAUACCGCGCCCCCUUACAGGACAGAAGCCAGUGAGUCCGAUGACACCAACUACGCCAGCACAAGUACAGAGCGAGAAGAAAUCUUCGGGGACAGUGCAGCUAUAUGAACAGUCCUUUU